AGCAGGGCCGUCGAUCGAGGCCGGGCUGCCGUACAAGUACCCCGCCUCCGCACGGCGGGCACCCCGCACCCGGCCACCAGCACCCCGCACUCGCCUCUCAACGCGCGCCCUCUUGCUGCCGCCGCUCCGUGCUGCCCCUUCUCUUCCCACCGCCACCACACCCCGCUCGCCCGCCAUGGCGCCCGGCCCCUUCAUCACCGUGCCCAGCCACCUCAAGCCCGCCGGCACCAGCGGGCCGGACCUGCUGGCCAUCGAGCGGCGCAAGGCCUCCUUCGACACGCAGCAGAUGGCCGAGUACCUGCACGGCAAGUCCUUUCUUGAGCGGCAGGCGCAGCUUGUCGAGCUCCUCUCCAACGACCCCGUGCUCGAGAAGAGCGGCCUCAACUACAUGGGCCGCACCGACAAGUUCCGCUGGGCGCUCGCCAAGGACAAGCGCCUCGCCGUGCUGGCGCGCGAGCACGGCUGGGACCGCGAGACGGCCAACCAUGCCGAGACGCUGUGCGACACGCCCGGCCCGUUCGGCCUGCACAAGAGCAUGUUCAUCACCACGCUCGACAAGAUGGGCACGGACGAGCAGCGCAAGGCGUUCCUUGAGCCGGCGCUGCGCUACGAGAUUAUCGGCUGCUACGCGCAGACGGAGCUGGGCCACGGCUCCAACGUGCAGGGCCUCGAGACGACGGCGACGUACGACGAGUCGACGCAGGAGUUUGUGCUGCACUCGCCCACGCUGACGGCGUCCAAGUGGUGGAUCGGCGGUCUCGGCCGCUCCGCCACACACGCCAUUGUCAUGGCCCGCCUCGUGCUCAAGGGCAAGAUGGGCGGCCCGCACCCCUUCGUCGUGCCGAUCCGCGACCCGCAGACGCGCGAGAUGCUGCCCGGCUGCACGAUCGGCGACAUUGGCCCCAAGCAGGGCUACCAGUCGACGGACAACGGCUUCCUGCUGCUCGACCAGGUCCGCAUCCCGCACUUCAACGCCCUCGCGCGCUUCGCCAAGAUCGAGGCCGACACGGCCGUCUACGUGCCGCCGAAGAAUGCGGCGCUGACGUACGGCACGCUGACGUGGGUGCGCGCCAACAUUGUGCGCCAGGCGGCCAUGGUCCUCAUGCGCUCCGUGUGCGUGGCGGUGCGCUACUGCGCCAUCCGGAGGCAGUUUGCCGACAAGGACUCGCCGAAGUUUGAGGGCGGCAAGCCGAUCGAGACGCAGGUGCUCGACUACACGAUGGUGCAGGCGCGCAUCUUCCCCGUGCUCGCCAAGGCGUUUGCGUUCCACUACACGGCCAAGUACAUGUUCGAGCUGUACGAGCAGAACGUCAGCGGCAUCGACCAGGGCGACCUCUCGCUGCUGGCCGAGACGCACGCCAGCUCGUCGGGCCUCAAGGCGCUCACGACGAUCGAGGCUGCCGAGUCGAUCGAGACGUGCCGGCGCGCCUGCGGCGGCCACGGCUUCUCGAUGGCGAGCGGCCUGAGCUCAUUCUACAACGACUACCUGCCCAACGUGACGUGGGAGGGCGACUCGUACAUGCUGAGCCAGCAGACGAGCCGCUACCUGAUGAAGACGGCGCGCAGCAUCAAGGCCGACUUCGACGGGCCGAAGCGCUCCUUCACCGUCGACUACAUGCGCCGCUACAUCCGCGACCCGCAGGCCAAGGCCGACAUUGAGUUCAGCGGCGACCUGCUCGACCCGCUGAUGUUCAUCAAGGCCUUCGGGCACCGCGCCGCCUACCUCGUGCAGCACGCGCUCGAGCUGCGCGACGGCGCGGCGAAGCGCAGCUGGAACUCGCUGCUCGUCGAGCUGUACCGCUGCUCCAAGGCGCACAGCCAGGCGCUCAUCGUGUACAACUUCGGCAUGGCCAUCUUCAACGACAAGGAGCUCAACUCGAAGCCGGCACUGCGCACCGUCAUGCAGCAGCUCUUCCUGCUGUACGCCUGCCACGUCAUGUCCGAGGAGGGCGCCGAGUUCAUGAGCAGCGGCUACAUCACGCCGCGCCAGUACCACCUGCUGCAGGGCAAGGCGCAGGAGAUGCAGGCCACCAUCCGCCCGCAGGCCGUGGCGCUCGUCGACAGCUUUGCUAUUCCCGACUUCCUCCUCAACUCGGCCCUCGGCCGGCAAGACGGCCGCGUGUACGAGAGCCUCUUCGACCACGCCGUGCGCGACCCGCUCAACUCGACCAAGUGGAACGUCGACAUCGAGUCAGACACGCUCGACAUGGACGGCACGCUGCCAAAGAGCCACCUCUGAGCAAGAGCCACCUCUGAGCCGCGCGUCGCUCUUUCCCGCGUCCUUCACGUCACUGUCCCGCCGCGUUCCGUCAUAACGGCCUCCCUCAUGUCUCCCGCACAGCAUCCUUUCCUUCUCUGGUAAUAGACCACUGUCAUGCCUGUCUAUGUGUCUAUUGCGUGGCGCUGCGCAGCGGCUAGAGCUGCGCCAGGUCGCCGAUGCUCUGCAUCAGGAAGUCGGGCACAAUCUCGGCGCCCUCGGCGUCGAUCUCGGCCUUGGUCGAGAUGCCGGUGAGCACCAUGAGUGUCUUGAUGCCGCCGUGCUGCGCGAAGGCAAUGUCCGUGUCGAGACGGUCGCCGACGAAGAGUGCAC